GUGUCACUGUUUUGCUUGGUCCAAUCAUGAUUGGUGACUUCAGCUAUUGGCUCCGAGCUCUGGCUGUCUGACUCCAUCUGCAGGGCUGUAAUACCUACUCUCCCCAUCCAUUCACCACACAACUUCAGCGGGCUGAACAGACUCUCGCACGGCUCUAGCAGAUCUUGCUAACCUAAUUCAGGAAACAAGUGCUACAGCUCUUUGCCUGUCAUCUUUGCUUAGUGUAGCAUUCUCAGGUGAUCUAGGAAACUGGGUUAUUUUUAUGAGGAAAUAAGAGAAACAGGAAUCAUGAUGGGGAUGUACUUAGCAGACCCAGUGCUGGAUAAAACUUAAAGCCAGUUUCAAUUCUACAUAGUGAAAAGGUCACCUUCCCGGCUGAGAAAAGAAGCAAAAAUAUCAGCUUGUUAGUUUCACUAAACAUCUUAGCUCAUGCCGUCCUCGUUUUCCUUGAUGUGCACACCAAUUUGGGAUAUCUGGCUAUAAAGAGAGACCUACUGUACUCAUGGUAGAUGACAAGGAAAAGAACAUGAAAUGUCUUACCUUCUUCUUGAUGCUUCCAGAGACGGUAAAGAACAGAUCCAAGAAAAGCUCAAAGAAAACAAAUACCACCACCACCACCACCACCAGCAGCAGCAGCAGCAGCAGCAGCAGCAGCAGCAGCAGCAGCAGCAGCAGCAGCAGCAGCAGCAGCAGCAGCAGCAGCAGCAACAGCAACAGCAGCAAGUUGCCCCCAGUUUGUUAUGAAAUAAUUACCUUGAAGACUAAAAAGAAGAAGAAGAUGGCUGCUGAUAUAUUUCCCCGUAAAAAACCAGCCAACUCCAGCACCACCACUGUCCAGCAGUUCCACCAGCAGAAUCUCAGUAACAAUAACCUUAUUCCAGCCCCAAAUUGGCAGGGGCUCUACCCCACCAUUAGAGAGAGAAAUGCGGUGAUGUUCAAUAAUGAUUUGAUGGCAGAUGUACAUUUUGUGGUUGGGCCACCAGGUGGGACUCAGCGGUUGCCAGGACACAAAUAUGUUUUAGCUGUUGGGAGCUCUGUGUUCCAUGCAAUGUUUUAUGGAGAACUUGCUGAGGACAAAGAUGAAAUUCGUAUACCAGAUGUUGAACCUGCUGCUUUUCUCGCUAUGCUGAAAUAUAUCUAUUGUGAUGAAAUUGACUUGGCUGCUGACACAGUGCUAGCCACUCUCUAUGCUGCCAAAAAGUACAUUGUUCCUCACCUAGCCAGAGCCUGUGUUAAUUUCCUGGAGACCAGCCUGAGCGCUAAGAAUGCCUGUGUGCUUCUAUCCCAGAGCUGCUUGUUCGAGGAGCCUGACCUGACACAGCGAUGCUGGGAGGUGAUUGACGCCCAGGCUGAGUUAGCACUCAAGUCUGAGGGAUUCUGCGAUAUUGACUUCCAGACACUAGAAAGUAUCCUCCGCAGGGAAACUCUGAAUGCCAAAGAAAUUGUGGUUUUUGAGGCAGCUCUCAACUGGGCUGAAGUAGAAUGCCAGCGGCAAGACCUAGCUUCGAGUAUUGAAAAUAAACGCAAGGUCCUUGGAAAGGCACUUUAUUUGAUCCGCAUACCCACAAUGGCCCUGGAUGACUUUGCAAAUGGUGCUGCACAGUCCGGAGUCCUAACUCUCAAUGAGACUAAUGACAUUUUUCUCUGGUACACUGCAGCCAAAAAGCCCGAGUUGCAGUUUGUGAGUAAAGCCCGCAAGGGCCUUGUGCCACAGCGUUGUCACCGGUUCCAGUCGUGUGCUUAUCGGAGUAACCAGUGGCGCUACCGGGGCCGCUGUGACAGCAUCCAGUUUGCAGUUGAUAAGAGAGUGUUCAUCGCUGGCUUUGGGCUUUAUGGCUCCAGCUGUGGCUCUGCAGAGUACAGUGCCAAGAUUGAACUCAAGCGGCAGGGUGUUGUCCUGGGGCAGAACUUGAGUAAGUACUUCUCAGAUGGCUCCAGCAAUACCUUUCCUGUGUGGUUUGAGUACCCAGUGCAAAUCGAACCAGACACCUUCUACACAGCCAGUGUGAUACUGGAUGGUAAUGAACUGAGUUACUUUGGACAAGAAGGCAUGACGGAAGUUCAGUGUGGCAAAGUGACAGUCCAGUUUCAGUGCUCCUCAGAUAGUACCAAUGGCACUGGGGUACAGGGAGGGCAGAUCCCCGAGCUUAUAUUCUAUGCUUGAAAUAGAGCUCUAAGAUGCACAUCUGGUUCCUACUUGCUUGAUGCUUAGCUCAUCUGCAGAUAUGUGAUCAGCACAGGUAAUUUGUAAUGAAUGAAGCUAAAGGCAAUUUCUAAUUUCUUUCAACCUUUUAGUUAUGUACAGGCAAAAAUGCAGCAUUCAGCUUUUAACUAUAUGCUUAAAAGAGCCAACUUCUUAUUAAAGCUUUGCGGUUUUCAGAGUUGCAUCUAUACACCUGGGGAGAGUUUGUGGUCUUUUCCCAGUGCCCUACUGACCUCCCAGUUUUGUUUCUGGUAAGAAAAUCUUUGGGUCACUUUGAAUUUUCUUUAGGGCUUUAUUUUGACAGAUAAAAAUAGUCUAAAAGAAGAAUGCCAAAAUUAUUUUUAAAUAACCCCCACCUCCAAAUUAACAGAUAAACCUCUGUACAAUUUUGAAAGAAGUUUUACUUCAUCACAAUAAUUUAGAAAAUAGUCAUAUUUAGGUCUUACUUAGUUCUCUUUUAUAUAUUUUAUUUCACUUUUGGACAUUACUUUUUUUGAGUCCUCAAUUCACAACAGUGUCGUAUUUAAAGUGCUAUGAAUUACCAGUGAAAAAAUGGAAAUUGGAUGCUUGUUUAGGGUGUGAUUUUUGACCACACAUAUUCAUAUUCUUUUAGUUUAGAAGCUAAAAUAUUGUAGCACUGAUAUUUUUAAGUAACUUAGUUAUAAAUUUUGUUGACACUACAAGAAAGUUUCAGACCUAUUUAAAACAAAAAUUUUUAAACGAGACCUAAAAUUGUCCCAUACUACAACUAACUUAAUUGAUGGAACAUUAUAAUACACAGUUUGAAAAGAUUGAACUCUUUUCUUUCCACUUAGCUUAUGUGAGUCCCAUCAUUUACUUUCUUUUUAAGCUAUACUGUGUAGGAUUCAUAUUCUCCUUAAAAGAGGACCAAAUAAUUCUUUAGGUUAGAGGAAGAAAUUAGUUUCAUAGCACUAAAUGUUAAUGUAAUGCAAUACUUUUUCUCAUUGACUUUUUUUUUGCAACAGACUUUACCUGACAACUUUGACCACAUUCUAUCCUUUUAGUUUAUUGUGAUUCUGUCCUGUUUCUACACUGCUAGAAUCUGGCCUCUGGCCAUCUUUAAAGUGCCAAUAUAUUUCUACAGGGUCUUAAAAUGAUCUAGAGUGAUAAACUUGAUUAUACCUACUAUUCAUUACAUCAGCAUCACAUCCAGCUCUCUUGUUUGUCCAUGGAAAAUGUAAACAAAGGAGGGAAGCACUCAUCCAAAAAUUCUCCUUCAAUAAUGGCUUGUGUUGGUUUAGUGCCUGUAACCCUGGUUGUGUCCAAUAUGUUCACUUCCAGUUGAAGUAUCCAAUGUGUUUUGGGCAGCUUUUCUGCUCAUUGUGAUCCUGAGAUGGCUUCCCUUGCCACCCAGAGUGUGGUCCCUGGCCACCUCCUUCUCCUGCUCUACAAGCCUGUAGCUGGCUUGGCUGAAGCAAGGGGUUAGUCUUGGGGUGGGUUUGUGUGCAUGGCCACUCAUGCACAUGCAGGUGCAUUUGCUGACUCAGGAAUUGUCUCCUCCCUACCUGGCCAGUGAGAAGUGGGACAGAAUUAGUCCCCCUGCUGGCUCCAGCAAGGCCCCAGUGAGUGACUGCCCUUAACUUAUUCACUGUGUUUCUGGGCCAUCUCUUCCUUGUAGACAUAGGUGUGUUGCCUUUGGCCCACUUCCCCAGUGGAAGAGAACACUGGAUUAUGGGAGAAGUUUUAACCGUCUUUGCCAUUACCUACCGUAGAUGAUCAAAAGCUGUUACUGGUGACUAUACUUGAGUAUUCCCAGGACAACUUUCCAAAAUUAUUUAGCAAUUAUUAAUAAUUUCUUAGACUAUUAGAGCAAGGAAGGUGACAGUUUUGGCAAAGCAUAAUGAAAUAAAGGUAUACUUCCAAUUGAAAAAGUACUUCUAGAAAGGAUUUUAUUUUAAAAUUAUGGUAAAAUAUUUCAGUAGCUUAUAGCCACUGUGCAAAUCGGUAGACUUUAUACCUGAUCAGAAGGCACUCAUUUUUAAGCCACAGGAGAAGAAACUUUACAUAGCACUAAUCUCAUUAGCAGAAUGUUGAGGUCGACCUGACAAUAUAGAGUGAAGAUUGUCCAUUCAUAAGCUCUCAAUGUCCCUGCUGCUGUUAGCUAGCUUCCCUUCAUGUGUCUAAGGAACUGCUGGGUGAAAGCCACCUUAUCUAUACACUGGGUAUAGAAAACUUAAUUUUAUAUUAUCUACUAUAUUGCAAGACAUCCACCAUCUAUCUGGUUGGUGCUGAAAACUGUGGGUUAAAUUUGAAAAUUGCAUUUAGAUUAAGAAAUUUUCUAUGUUAAACCUUAUUCUCCCUCCUGCAUUUUCAGCAUCAUGGAAUGAAGGCUAAUGUGCUGGCUUUGUUUUCUUUGGUAACUUCAAAGUUCGUAGCUUUUAAACUAGAAACCAUUGCUCUGACAAAGCAGGCAACCCUAGUGUAUAAAGACAACUUUAUUAGACUAAAUAUUCUAGAUGCUUUUCCCAAUGUAUCUGGCAGACUUUGUCAUUGUUCAUACUGGGGAUAGAGGGGAACUAGGCUAGCAGUUCUAAUGUAACAUUCUUUAAGCAUACUUUAAUAUAGUAUUUAAGUAAAUGGUCUAAUUUCUACAUAAUUAUUGCACUGAACUGUCUUUUUGUUUUUUUAAAGGUGUUUAAGUAAGCUCAGCUAAUUCAAGACACUAGCCAGUUGUGCAUCAGUGCUUGCAGUUAGUAGCUUACAGCAUUAUUUAUGAAGGAAAAUAUAUAAAUAUGAAGUACCUCAUGUUGAAUGUUAUUGUACUGUAUUUUAAUGUUAACAGUGCAGAUCUUGUUAGACACAUGAAUGUGUAUAAUCAUGUUAAAUGCAAAUAAAAAGCAAAACUGA